CGGGACUGGAGGCUGUAUCAGAUUCCGGUCUUCAUCCCAUGCUUCCAUCCCAUCCGAUAUAUCCGCCACCGACUGGAUAAACUCACUUGUUAGAGAUGGGAGACUACGGGCCAGACGUGUCAUUGUCUAAGACACAAGUCCCGGCAAAUCCUCCUCGGUUUGCCGCGGAACCCGAUGAGAUAUCGGUCCUGGUGACCGGCUUUGGGCCAUUUAAAACGAACCUCGUCAACGCUUCGUACCUAAUCGCGUCAUCCCUGCCACCGUCGAUUGACUUGCCUACUACGGAUGCAUCGGGAUCCGUAUCUCGGAGAGUAUCUAUCCAUACUCAUCCCUCCCCGAUUCCCGUGGCCUAUUCAACGGUGCGCGAGUCCAUCCCGGUUAUCCUCGAGGACUUCGCCAAGAACCACGGGGGUCGUCGGCCAGACAUAGUGAUGCAUAUGGGCAUAGCCGCUAUGAGGAACUUCUACUCGGUGGAGACGCAGGCUCGGCGGGACGCCUACCACAUGUCCGAUAUCAAAGGCAAAGGUGGCUACGAAGAUGGUGAAAAACUGUGGCGCGAAUUGGGCUUGCCGGCAGUGCUGCAAGCCGGGCGUGCCACUGAUCUCAAACCGACCUCCGCAGACUCAAAUGUACAAUCUACCACAGAGGAUUCCCUCCAGGCACUGCGUUCUUCCUUGACUCCUUGUCCGCCCAACGAUGAGCUUCUCGGGCUAUGGAAAUCCUUCGCUCCUGCGGGAACCGACCUUCGCAUUUCGGAUGACGCGGGACGUUAUCUGUGCGAGUUCAUCUACUACACCAGCUUGUCUCACGCUUACCGGGAAGGUCAUGAUCGGAAUGUGGUUUUCUUUCACGUCCCGGGGGCUUGCGGUGAUGAUGCCAUUCAAGAAGGAAAGGAAGCGGCAAUUGCCUUGAUCAAGAGUUUGGUUACAUACUGGACUGAUCGGAAGAUUUAAUGAAGCACAUGGGAUUCAGGGCGUUGAUCUAUGGAGCAAGUGGAUCGGGCAUUGCAUUCUAGUAGCGUGAUUUAUGCCUUUAGUAUUGCUUUUUGGACUAGUAUAUUUUGAACAGUUGAUAGGCCGGGAGGCGGGGCUCAUAUGACGCAUGAAAUUGGACAGACUGGACUCACAGCAGCAUCA